ACACUUGAUAAAGCACUAGGCGCUGACACUCUGCUGAGUCAUGAUGAGUCUGUUUCUCUCUUCGGGGCGUCAGAGCAGCGCUCUUGCAGGUGUUGCUCGGUUAGAGGCUGUUGCAGUUCGCUCCACCAGUGGGAGAUUGUUGCAGGCUCCAGGCUUUGCUUCCCGUUUCCUAAGGAAGAAUGGCCGCAGCGAGGAAAGUUAUCAAAACUGUGCUCAGCAAGGAACAGUCGGAAGGGGUUGGGGCUCGCGUGCGCAGAAGUAUUGGGAGGCCUGAGUUAAAAAAUCUGGAUCCGUUUCUGCUGCUUGAUGAAUUCAAAGGAAGCAAGCCCGCUGGCUUUCCUGACCAUCCUCACCGAGGUUUUGAAACUGUCUCAUAUCUACUGGAGGGUGGAUCCAUGGCCCAUGAAGACUUCUGUGGCCACACAGGUAGACUGAAUCCAGGAGAUUUACAGUGGAUGACAGCUGGUCGUGGGAUUUUACAUGCAGAGAUGCCCUGCUCUGAAGAGCCAGCCCAUGGCCUACAGCUUUGGGUCAAUUUGAGAAGCUCUGAGAAAAUGGUGGAACCUCAGUACCAAGAACUGAAGAAUGAAGAAAUCCCUAAACCUUCACAGAAUGGAGUGACAGUGGCUGUUAUUUCAGGAGAGGCCUUGAAUGUAAAGUCUAAGGUGUAUACUCGCACUCCAACACUGUAUCUGGAUUUCAAGUUAGACAAAGGAACAAAGCACACACAGGCAAUUCCCAAAGGCUGGACUGCAUUUAUUUACACUCUCUCUGGUAAUGUAUACAUUGGUCCUGGUAAUGAUCAACAAAAAGUAGAAGCCCAUCACACUGCUGUUUUGGAUGAUGGUGACUGUGUGCAAGUGGAAAACAAGGGUCCAACAAUAAGCCAUUUUGUCUUAGUUGCUGGUGAGCCGAUUAAGGAAGCUGUAGUACAACACGGUCCAUUUGUGAUGAACACACAGGAGGAAAUUCUGCAAGCCAUUGACGACUUCAGAAAUGCUAGAAAUGGAUUUGAAAGAGCAACCACUUGGAAAUCAAAGAUCGGGAACUAACUAUGGCAGUGGUAGAAGUGAGAUGGGCCUGCUUCAUAUAUGCAGCUGUAUAUCUUGAGCCAUCUUGCCUUGCAUCAUGAGCAGCACUAUUGGCUUUGCUGGAGCUAAUCACGUGGGUUUGUGGAGUCCUCAAGUAUAAAGCUACAAUAUGUAUAAAGCCAUAGGCUAUUACGACUGCCAACACUGGGCAUAUAUGUAACUUUCUUUAUAAUAUGAAAAAAUGAUUUCUGUUUCUCCUCAUGUUCAUUUUACAUUUACAGAUUGUUUUUUUAAAAGGCUUUUAAUAAAUUAACAUCACUCUGAAAAA